CUGCCGCCGAGGCCGACACCGCCCACAAUGGCUGCCGCGUACCAGAACCAGUCGCAGCCCAUCUUCCCCGACAGCUAUGUCGGUUUCGACAGCAUCACCAAGCAGAUCGAGCGCAAAUCGAUCAAGAGGGGCUUCCAGUUCAAUGUCAUCUGCGUCGGCCAGACGGGCUUGGGCAAGUCGACGCUCAUCAACACGCUCUUUGCCUCGCACCUCAUGGACAGCAAGGGCCGCUUCCAGCCCGACGAGGAGGUGCGCAGCACGACGACCAUCUCGCCCGUCUCACACAUCAUCGAGGAAAACGGCGUGCGUCUGCGCCUCAACAUUGUCGACACGCCCGGCUACGGCGACCUGAUCAACAACGAGCGCUGCUGGGACCCCAUUGUCAAGUACAUCAAGGACCAGCACAGCGCCUACCUGCGCAAGGAGCUCACGGCCCAGCGUGAGCGCUACCUUCAGGACACGCGCAUCCACUGCUGCCUGUUCUUCAUCCAGCCCUCGGGCCACGCGCUCAAGCCCAUUGACAUUGUCGUGCUCAAGAAGCUGAGCGAGUUUGUCAACGUGGUGCCCGUCAUUGCCAAGAGCGACAGCCUGACGCUGGAGGAGCGUGCCGAGUUCAAGCACCGGAUAAAGGAGGAGUUCCAGUUCCACAACCUGCGCAUGUACCCGUACGACAACGAGGAGGACGACAGCGAGGAAGUGCAGGCAAAGCAGGCCAUCAAGGAGCUCUUGCCCUUUGCCGUUGUGGGCUCGGAGAGGACGGUUGUUGUUAACGGCAAAAACGUCCGCGGCCGCCAGAACAAGUGGGGAAUCAUCAAUGUCGAGGACGAGAACCACUGCGAAUUCGUCUACCUCCGCAACUUCCUCACACGCACGCACCUGCAAGACCUGAUCGAGACGACGGCACAAAUCCACUACGAAUCCUUCCGUGCCAAGCAGCUGCUUGCACUCAAGGAGAGCAGCGCCCACGGCGGCCACUCGUCGCGCCCCAUUUCACCCGCCGCGGACCGUGAGCUCAGCAGGAGCAGCCAGCGCAUGACGAUGAACGGGUACUAGGAUUUCCCGAACCAUAGUCGCGUCGACAGUAACGGGGGCAAGUCCAUGGGCCCUCCGCCACCACGCAUGGAGUCACGCAUGCCCGUCCCCAUGCUGGAUGCCAUCUGAGGCGUGGGUGUGAAGGAGAGGCGUGGGGGAAGAGGGUGGCUUGGAAUUUUUUGAUACCAGUGCAUCGUCUAGCACGAAAACAGGGGGGAAAGCGAGAGACUUGCGGCACACUUCAGAUUUGACACCUUUCUCAAUAUCCUUUUAGUUACGAUGGACCCUUUUUUAACUUCUUUUUUCAUCUCGUAUGUCAUUAGCACGGUGUAGUGUGGGCUAAGACGUGGGUAGUCGCCCUGGUGCCUUCUAGGAUAGC